UACUACAGACUCCUAAAGGUCUGCCUGUAAGUGUUGAACUAAAAGAAGAUUCAUUUUCUCCGCACCACAUAUUGAAUCUUCUCAGCUUAAACAUGCGUGAGUGCAUCUCGGUCCACGUGGGUCAGGCUGGAGUCCAGAUUGGCAAUGCCUGCUGGGAGCUCUACUGCCUGGAGCAUGGGAUCCAGCCGGACGGACAGAUGCCCAGCGACAAAACCAUCGGCGGAGGAGAUGACUCCUUCAAUACCUUUUUCAGUGAGACUGGGGCUGGAAAGCAUGUCCCCAGGGCUGUGUUUGUGGACCUGGAACCCACAGUUAUUGAUGAGGUGCGAACUGGGACCUAUCGUCAGUUAUUCCAUCCUGAACAGCUCAUCACUGGCAAAGAGGAUGCUGCCAACAACUACGCUCGUGGACACUACACUAUUGGCAAAGAGAUCAUCGACCUGGUGCUGGACAGGAUCCGCAAACUGGCUGACCAGUGCACAGGCCUUCAGGGCUUCCUGGUUUUCCACAGCUUUGGAGGUGGCACCGGCUCUGGUUUCACCUCCCUGCUGAUGGAGCGCCUGUCAGUUGACUACGGCAAGAAGUCCAAGCUGGAGUUCUCCAUCUACCCAGCUCCCCAGGUGUCCACAGCUGUGGUGGAGCCCUACAACUCCAUCCUGACCACCCACACCACCCUAGAGCACUCUGACUGUGCCUUCAUGGUGGAUAAUGAGGCUAUCUAUGACAUCUGCCGUAGGAACCUCGACAUUGAGCGUCCUACCUACACCAACCUCAACAGGCUCAUUAGCCAGAUCGUUUCCUCCAUCACUGCUUCCCUUCGAUUUGAUGGUGCCCUCAAUGUUGAUCUGACAGAGUUCCAGACCAACUUGGUGCCCUAUCCCCGUAUCCAUUUCCCUCUGGCCACCUACGCACCAGUUAUUUCUGCAGAGAAGGCUUACCAUGAGCAGUUAACUGUCUCUGAGAUCACCAACGCCUGCUUUGAACCAGCCAACCAGAUGGUGAAAUGUGACCCUCGUCACGGAAAGUACAUGUCAUGCUGCCUUCUGUACCGUGGUGACGUGGUACCCAAAGAUGUCAAUGCUGCCAUUGCCACCAUCAAGACCAAACGUUCCAUUCAGUUUGUUGACUGGUGUCCAACUGGUUUCAAGAUUGGCAUCAACUAUCAGCCUCCCACUGUGGUCCCUGGUGGAGACCUGGCCAAAGUCCAGAGGGCUGUGUGCAUGCUGAGCAACACCACCGCUGUGGCAGAGGCCUGGGCUCGGCUUGACCACAAGUUUGACCUGAUGUACGCCAAACGUGCCUUUGUGCACUGGUAUGUGGGUGAAGGUAUGGAGGAGGGAGAGUUUGCUGAGGCCAGAGAGGACAUGGCAGCCCUGGAGAAGGAUUAUGAAGAGGUGGGACGUGACAGCGGUGAAGGAGAUGAGGACGGGGAAGAGUAUUAGAAAUGGCUGUCUUUCAAACUCUUUAUCACCCUCUUCUUUCAUUUCUCUUUUCCAUAGAUCCACCUUUAUCUUUUCAUUCUCCCUUUCCAUAGAUCCACCUUUAUCUUUUCAUUCUCCCUUUCCAUAGAUCCACCUUUAUCUUUUCAUUCUGCCUUUCCAUAGAUCCACCUUUAUCUUUUCAUUCUGCCUUUCCAUAGAUCCACCUUUAUCUUUUCAUUCUCCCUUUCCAUAGAUCCACCUUUAUCUUUUAAUUCUGCCUUUCCAUAGAUCCACCUUUAUCUUUUCAUUCUGCCUUUCCAUAGAUUCACCUUUAUCUUUUCAUUCUGCCUUUCCAUAGAUCCACCUUUAUCCUUUCAUUCUGCCUUUCCAUAGAUCCACCUUUUC